AGGACAGAGGGACGGGGGAGGGGAGGAGACAGGGAAACUCAGCUCUAUUGGAUAGGGCCCAGCACAGCACAGGCACUGCUGUUAAGUUACAGGUACCUACCAGUCUCCACAGUCACCUCCUGAGGGACUCGGGUUAGGACUUCAGCAUGGGUCUGGGAACAUCGCUGAGUUCAGGUUUUUAUUGAGGACUUCCCAUCUGUGUACAUCCAGAGGGAGUUCAGGACAUGGAGGCCCACUCAAGUCACAGAGCAGUGCCGCAGCAGGGCCAACGACAGACUCUGGGCCCUUUCUGCAGACUGCAGCCACACUCCGGGCGGCUAUUGGGAACGGGGACAGGCGUGUUUGUAAGGCCCCCAGUAACCAAUUCCUUGGCCAGGCAGCUCCAAACACACUCCAAGGGUGAGAAACUGCUCUAGAUGAACGAUCCAAUAAAGUUUUCUAUUUUGUGUACUUUCGCCACUCCUCUCUGCUUCCUGACCCCGAGCCCCAAACCUUCAGCUCUCAAGGAAGGACCCAGAAACCAGCCGCCACCUGCCCCAGGUGAGGCCUGCCACCUAGUGGACCCAAGAGGAACAGCAUGACCCGGCGGCAGGCCGCAUUCAGCUUGAGUCUUAAGGGGAGUACAAACCCCUCUCUCCCUGCGGCCUAUAGAAGCUCCUACUAGAUCUCAGAAGGGGCAACAGAACCUGAAGGGACCUAGCGCUUGUGGGGAAAGACCUGAGUGGAGAGGGCUAACUCACUCUUCAGGCUGAGUGCGGGCCACACCUGAGGCUGGGAAGACCGGGUGAGCAGACAGAGGGGCUCUCGGAAGGCGUGGCGAGCUUGACAGGUAGCGGGGACAGACCCGCACUAGGGUGAACUACUUUGCCCCUGAGGCUUAAACAAUAAGUCAGCAGCAGCAGCGGGCUCACAACGCCCCUGGUUCUUGCAGCCUGGGCAGUCUAAAGCCUCUGGCUGUCCUGCCCCACCCCCCAGGCCUUUGACCCCUUCCUAGUCCCUCCCCUGUCCUCUAGAGACACCUUUGACCGGUGAUGUCACUGGGUCUGUCCCAGCGCAGACCCGGCCCGAGGCUGGGGCUGGAUUCCUGGAGGCGGCCAUGUUCUCCCUCCCUUCCCUCUCCUCCUGGCUCCCCAGCCUCCCUUCCUUUGAGUGGGGUUCCAGUCUCUUCGACAGCCUCCUGCAAGGCCUGAUCGGGGCCCUUGGAGUCUCGGUUCUCAACAAUCUCCUGAAAGUUUACUUCUUCGUGGCCUGUGUCAACGACCCCCAGCGGCAAACCCAUAAGCAGCGUCUGCGAACACAGUGGGCCUCGCUGGAGACAGUGCACCUGGCUGGUCUGACCCUGUUCCUGACCGUGGUGGGAGCCCGGGUGGCCGCCCUCGUGGUACUGGAGUUCUCCCUCCGGGCUGUGUCCACAGUGCUGUCCCUGGGCAAGGGCUCGGGGGACAAGGAGCGGCUGCAGCUCUUCCUGGUGUGUCAGUUCUCACUGGGCUGCGGGCUGGCCUGUGGCCUGAGCUUCCUACAGGAAGGCGCCCCGCACCGCACCCUGAACCUACUGCUGAGCCUGGGGCUGGCCACGCUGCUCAGCUUGGGUGCCCGUCGCGUCCGCCGACACAUCUGCAGCCUCUAUGAGUUGCACACCAGCCAGCGCUACUGCGGGGUCUGCUUGGGCCUGCUGGCUGGCCAGCAUGGCCUGCCCAGGCUCCUGGGCCGCACUCUGGCCGUGGCCUUUGCUGUAAGUGACUGGGCAGCUGUGGCCCUCAUCAACCAGGAUUUCCUGAACACGUCAGAGGCCAUGCGUUUCUGGACACCACUCACCAUCUGCUACACGCUGUUGGUCAUCUACAUGCAGGAGGAGCAGCGGCAACAUGGCUUCAGCCUACAGGGCCAGGUCCAGACGGUCCUGGUGCGCAUGGGUGGCCUCUUCAUCCUGUUGACGGCUUUGGGCCGAUGGCUGGACCUUCUUGGUGCCCUGGUCUCCCUUCUGGGUGAGAUCUGGUGCUUGGCAGGUGCUCGCACCCUAAUCGGCCUCUGCCAGAUACAGGGCUUUCCAUCCCAGAGGCCUACAGUAACAGCAGCAGUAACACCAGGAAGGGUAUCAACAGUGACAGCUCCAUGCGAGCCCCGGUCUUCUGCACCCGUCCUGUCCAGAAGCGAGGCCCCCUCCUGACCACAAGAUGUGGCCUGGAGACUGAGUGGCAGAGCUGGUCCCCACCUAGAGUUCAGGGCAGGACAUAGGGGCCCCUGGAGACAGGGGACAGUUAGGGUUGGGAACUUGGAGAGGUGGGGCCAUGAAGGCCCAUGAGUAAACCCCACUCUCUUGAAGAUGGGCAGUGAAGGCAGCCUCCUCAGACCCGCCUUUCCUGGCCAGGCCGGAGGGCAGACUGUGACCUCAGAAUGGGCCCCUGCUCUCCUGCCACCCCUCCCCCCACCUUGCUCUUUCCACAAACAAUAAAGUUGACUUUUCACAA